UAUGCGUAAUUUGGGAUCUGGACUAGACCUAAGCUAGUAAAGACCUGUUUUAAUUGUAUAUCAAGACGCCAGGACUUGGACUCCAGAAGACUCGUCAAGAAUUACAUUGAUAACACAUCAAAUGGUGAGACAAUUGCAAUUUUCAAAUCGACUUCAGAUCAUCCUAAUAAUAUAUAUAAUAAUUGUAACCAAGAAUAUAUAAAUUUAUUCCAGUGUCCUUUUAAUAAUUAUUAAGUAGCGGUGUAAGUGCUGAAACGUAGUAUUCAAUAUUUGUUCCAGUCUAGUAAAGGCGAGUUAGUGACAUGGGGGCAUAUAAGCAAAUAGAUUGUUUCAACACCAAUAUCAAGUUCUUCAGAUUUCUAGGGCUUUGGCCAACCGACUCAGGGAAAUAUUAUCGUUACUAUGCAUUAUCUUUCAUUAUUUUCUUUAUUGUCAUUUACGACUUCGUUUACACUAUAAAUUUCCUCUUUUUACCAAGAGAACUGGUAGUAUUUAUCGAUGACACCAUGUUAUACUGUACUGUUAUUUCAAUAAUGACGAAAACAUUUACUUUCUAUUUAUUACAUGACAAAAUUAUUGAAAUUUUGUCUGUUUUGGAGAGCGAUAUGUUUCAACACGAUUCCGACGAAGCGAAAACAAUUAUAGCUGGUGCAAAAAAAUUAACCAUAAAACUUUGGAAAAUCAUAACGACUUUUUCUUUGGUAGCAAAUGGUAGUCACAUUGCUUCACCCAUACUGGCCCAUUUGAUGACUGGAGAGGAACUUGUGUUACCAGUGUUUAGUUGUGACUUCCUUCCUAUAAGUGUUAAAAACCUAUUGAUUUAUCCUUUAUAUUUUUACCAGUCUAUAGGAAUGCACUUUCAUGUGUUGUACAAUAUGACUACCGAUGGUAUGUUUUUUGGUUUGAUCAUAUUGUUGAUUGCGCAACUGGAUAUCCUCGAUCUAAAGCUACGAAAUGUUACAACAAGUGAUAAAUUUAAUUACGAGAAAGAAGAUGAAGCGAUAAGAAACUUAAACGACUGUAUAAUACACUAUGAUGAAGUUGCUAAAUUUUGCCAAUUAAUACAAGAUGUGUUCAGUGUGAUGUUGUUUGUACAAUUCGGGACUGCUUCGAUGAUCAUAUGUCUUUGUCUUUUUCGUCUCACUUUGCCCGCUUCCACGGCAUAUUACGUGUACAUAAUGAGCUACGUAUUUGUGAUGAUAUUUCAUCGAGCUGUUCCAUGCUGGUAUGGAACUCUGAUCAUAGAAAAGAGUACGAGCCUUGGUUGUUCUAUAUACGACUGUGAUUGGACCCCAAGAUCGGGACCAUUCAAGAGCAGUAUGCGAUUAUUUGUAGAACGAGUGAACAAGCCUCUUAUCAUCACUAGUGGGAAAAUGGUCAUGUUGUCGCUGAAGACAUUUACUUCUAUAAUAAACGCAGCUUACUCCUUCUAUACACUGCUCCGGCAUAUGCAAUCACGCGAAAAUUAGAUUGCAGGUAAAGGUCAUAUUUUUGAAGUUGCUUAUAAUCUUUAUUCUCAACAUGAUACAGUCGAUUAUUUUGUCAAGAAAGUGAUAAUAAUAAACGAGGGCGUCGUCUCCUGUUGGCUGGCAACACUGGGUGUUUAUCGACCAAUCAUGAUCAUUCUAUUUGGUAUUGCAAUGGCAAAAAAAUGUAGUUAGUUUAAAAUCCGUUUUCUUUACUUUCUUGACGGACUGUACACAUUUAUAUUUUGUUUCUCUACUCUAUCACUAUAAUAAUAACCCUUGUUCACUUUUUGAAACACUUUAUCAUAGAUUUACGCGCGCUCUAUUUCAACUACUUAAUUAUUAAAUAAAUACCUGGGUGAACAAAAUGGAAUUUUUGUGUUCUCAUUUCAUCUUUCAUAUCACCUAAGUGAUUAUUGCGAUAUUAUUUAUUUAUUUUACUUGAUUAACAAAAAAUCAUGAAGUUACAGGUUGUUAUAUAGAGAGAAAAUACCACAUUUUGAGAAUUGUAAUAGACUUUUACCAGUCUCAUUACAUAUUCAAUAUGAAAAAAAAAAACUGAAAUUAGACUCAUACGAUUUAAAUAUUUUUGAAACGAAAAAAGUUCAAAGGUUUCUUAAUAAUUAUAACAUUUUUUGAUAUAAUGGCUAAUAUGGCUUAUUCAUAUUUUUGGGCAAAAAUUACUAAUCAUUGUAAGUGUAUGUCGACGUUUUAAUUAGAGAAUGAUUGAUGACACUUUAGCAAAUUCACGCGAGAUGAUUAAACACUUUAUACGAAUUAUUACGCAAAUAAUGGUGUGUAAAUUAUAAUUAAGAUUAACCUUGUGAUGAUGUUUUAUUACAUUAUAAAUGUAUAGCCAAGAUAUGUAUAUCAAUAAAUUCCUGAUUCAUGACAGUGCGGUGAGACACAUUAGGAAACAAAUAGUCGUUCCUCACACGAGCAGACUCCGAGGGUCGAAGAACAAACGUCACACACAAAGAUCGGGGACAAUGGGCCCUCCAGCAGUUCAUCUAUUAGCCGCCGCGGUAAUAAGGUGUGUUUUUGCCGCGCAACCAAAAAGAAAACAAUGAUUUUGCCCGUGACUAGAUAAAUAAGAUGUCCGGACGUGACGAGGGUACCAUUACAGUUUUUAUGGAAUCUUUCAGUGGGUAAAGCAUCUCUCAGCCCACAGUCCACCUGCUUCUCUUUGUUUAGGACUGAAUACAUUGUUAAUGCACAACGACUAAGGUCAGAUUGUGUCGCUGAAAAGUCAGAUUGUCGCUUUCUAGAGGAUUAUUCAAUAGC